CGGUAACAUACUAGGAUAACGAGCCAGUUCUUUAAGGGUAGUUAGUUGAAAACGCUGUUCACAAGUUGAUUAAAAGUGCCGCACAAUUGGGUUGAAAAAUACUUUUGUUCACUUCUUUUUUUUUGUAUUGUAAUAAAAUUAGAUGAGUACAAGAAAGAAAAAAAUCUCUGCAUGUAUACACAGCAAAAGGAGUUCACACUAUCAUCUAAAUCGCCGAUAAAAAAAAUUAAAAAAAUAAAUAGAAAAAAAAGAUAAAAAGUUAUUUAGAGAAAAAAAAAACACAACAUUUUUUUUUUUUUUUUUUUAAUCAUUAACAAAAAGCUGAAAGUGUAUACGUCUAAUAACAACAACAAUAAUAAUAAUAAUAAUAAUAACAACAACAAAAAUUGGUGCUAAAUAAUAAAUUAAUUAAAAAUGCGAGUCAACUAAGCAACCGACAACCCACCUAAGUAUAAAUUCUUAUACUUAUAUUAGAAGAAAAAAAAAAAAAAAAAAAAAAUAAAAAUUUCAAAAAAAUAUUUAAAAUGAAAAAAAGUGCAUAAAUUAAAACUUAUUACGAAAAAAAUAAAAAUUCAAUCAAACAAGUGUGUAUCUAUCUAGUGCUUCGAUGUUGAAUUAAAAGUAGUUGAAUAAACGCCAAAAAAUAAAUCAACGGAAACGGAAAAUGUUGUUGUAGAAUGAGCAAUAAAACCAAUACCAACAACACCAGCAACGACAACAACAGUAACAACAUCAACUAUAGACAAUAACUAAGCCUAAAAGCAAUACUUACUUGCACGAAGAGAAUCAACAAAUUUUUCGGAUUAAAACUAGAAUAAGUUCAUAUGCAUCUGUAUGCCAACAAAAAGUCAAGCAUAUCUACAAUUGGUAGUUAGACCCGCUAGAAAGUGUCGAAUAUAUCGAGCAAUUAAGAUUUAGUUAAGCUGGUUGCAUUAAAGGACAAACGUUUAGCGAAAGUGAUUUGAAGGCGUGCUAUUGUCACUACCCGCGGCUUAACCGCGGCGUAUUAUGUCACGAGACGAUUACAAUCCUGUAGCAAGCUCUGGUGUACGUAGCCCGGGUCGUUCAAGACGAUUAACCGAAUUACCAACAGUUGAUCGUUCACCAUCGCGGGAUUACGGUACACGAGGAAGUCCUUUAGCAAUGGGCAGCCCGUACUAUAGAGACAUGGAUGAGCCGACAAGUCCCGCUGGGCCGGGACAUCAUAGGAGUCGAAGUGUUAGCAGACCACCGAUGUCUCAUGCCAUGGAUUAUCCAAAAACUCGAUAUCAAUCAUUGGAUAGAGGUGGUCUUGUCGAUCAUCAUGAUCGUGAGUUCAUACCCAUACGUGAACCGAGAGAUCGUUCACGCGAUCGAUCACUCGAAAGAGGACUUUAUUUAGAAGAUGAGCUUUACGGACGUUCCGCUCGGCAAAGUCCGAAUCCUAUAGGUUAUGGAGCUGGUUUACCACCAACCGAUCGUGCAUAUCUGGGCGAUUUACAACAUCAAAAUUCUGAUUUGCAGCGAGAAUUAGCACAAUUGAAACGCGAACUUGAGUUAACAAAUCAAAAGCUCGGCAGCAGCAUGCAUAGCAUUAAGACAUUCUGGUCGCCGGAACUGAAAAAGGAGCGUGCGUUACGCAAAGAGGAAAGCGCCAAGUACAGUUUAAUUAACGAUCAACUGAAGCUGCUUAGCACUGAAAAUAAAAAACAAGCAAUGCUGGUGCGUCAACUAGAGGAAGAAUUGCGUUUGCGCAUGCGUCAACCCAAUAUUGAAAUGCAGCAACAAAUCGAGGCUGUAUACGCUGAGAAUGAUCAUUUACAGCGCGAAAUUAGCAUAUUACGUGAGACAAUCAAAGAUUUGGAAUGUCGUGUGGAAACCCAGAAGCAAACUUUGAUUGCACGCGAUGAAAGCAUUAAAAAGUUGCUAGAAAUGUUGCAAGCGAAAGGCAUGGGUAAAGAGGAAGAGCGUCAAAUGUUCCAACAAAUGCAGGCUAUGGCUCAAAAACAGAUGUACAGUAAUUAUCCGACAGCCGGAAGUCCGCCAUUACCCGACAUUAUAGGACAAUAUUAUUCGCCCAGUUAUGGGAUAACAGGUUCACUGCCACCUUAUGAUUUUUAUGGCAUACCGGCGGCAUCGGCCGGUUAUCUGUACGAGCCCACUACGGCGGGUAUUGCCGGUUUAUAUGGGCACACAUCACCUGUAAGACGACGCCGUUACAGCAUAGCUGGCCUGCCAUCAGCCUCAAUGAUGAAUGAUUAUUAUGGAUACGGUAUGCCUACGCUGGGGCCGUCUUUACAUCAGUCUUCCUCAUCGAAUAUAUUAAAUUUACUCAACGAAGCUCAUAAGUCAAUUUCGCGUUCCUCUCAGAUACUUAGUCAGCAUGCUCGCAUACAGCAGGCUCAACAAACUGUUGGUCAGCCAGUUACACCGCUAUCGUCGCAUUAUCCCGGUCGCGUUAUAUCCAGCUAUCCGACAUUGCAUCCGGGCGACACAUCACCGCCUUAUUUAAAUGAUAAUUUAAUGCAAAUGUCUGCGAAUUUCUCGUCGCAACCGAAUAUGUAUUUCCAACAAUACACCCAACCGCCGCCGCCACCACCUCCUCCGGCUCCGGGUGGUGGUCAUGGUAUGGGCAUUGUCGGUUCGCGCUUAAAGCCCGCUUACUCGGUUUCGAAUCUCAAUUAUUUAAAUUAUCCGAGCGGCAUUGCUGGCUUAGGCGGCAGCAAAUAUAUAACGGGUGGGGUGCCCAGUAGUAGCUAUGCGAAUGCCUACACACAGACUCUAUUGAACCCAUCAGAUCCUUAUAACUACAGUAAUCUACUGCAGCAACGCAAUCUAAUGUCAUCAUUGCACGCUUCCAAUCCCACUGUAUCACAACUUUAUCAACCACCACCACAACCACCACCACCAUCAUCGUCACAUUAUACACAGCAGCAGGCACAUCAACAGGCAUUAGCUUACAAUAUACAACAACAAUUUGCUGGUGCGCAACAUUAUGCCCAUCAGUUACCGUCUAGCACUCAUCCUCAAGCGCACAUUCAUACGUCCGUGCAGCAGCAAUUGAAUCCAGAUCAUCAAUUUCAUGUGCAUCAGCAGCAAAAUCACCUGCAAACACAUCCAUUGGCUGCAUUGGCCAGCACGACAGCACCGUUCCCAGCUACAUUAACUAGCAGUGCUCUGCAUGAUGCACGUAGCGCGAUAGGUAGCACGGCCGGUUUAACGGGGUCUAGCGGUGGUGCGGCUGCUGCCUACGAUUUACUCAUACACCCGUCCUCGUCAUAUCCUACAUCACAACCACUACAUCAUCAUCUUCACCAACACCAUCAGCAUUAUACUCCACAUAAUUUACAUGCUACGCACACGACACAUAUGCAGCCACCGCAUGUCACCACCACAUCGUCAUAUCAUCAUAUGCCACCAUAUACGAAAAUAGAUUUAGAUUAUCCGAAACUGCCGCAAGAGCAUAAGCGCCAAUUGGACGAAUUCCGUCUUGAAAUACAAAGAAGGGAUCAAGAAAUAUUGGCAAUGGCAGCUAAAAUGAAGACUCUGGAAGAGCAGCAUCAGGAUUAUCAACGGCAUAUAGCGGUCUUGAAGGAAUCAUUAUGUGCCAAAGAAGAACACUACAAUAUGCUGCAGGCCGAUGUGGAGGAGUUAAGAGCCCGUUUGGAGGAGAAAAAUCGCUUGCUGGAAAAGAAAACGCAGGGCACACUGCAGACCGUGCAAGAGCGCAACCGUCUCACUACCGAGUUAACAGAAUUGAAAGAUCAUAUGGAGAUUAAGGAUCGCAAAAUUAGUGUUCUCCAAAGAAAGAUUGAAAAUCUUGAAGAUUUAUUAAAAGAAAAGGAUAAUCAAGUUGACAUGGCUCGAGCCCGUUUGUCGGCAAUGCAAGCUCAUCAUAGCAGUUCGGAGGGCGCUCUCACAAGUCUCGAAGAGGCCAUUGGCGAUAAAGAAAAGCAAAUGGCCCAAUUACGAGAACAGCGAGAUCGUGCCGAACAAGAGAAACAAGAAGAACGUGAACUGCAUGAGCGUGAAAUUGCCGACUAUAAAAUCAAAUUACGGGGUCUCGAAAGCGAAGUUGAAAAACUUAAUACACGACUCGAGCGAGCAGUUAACGAACGCGAACGUUUAGAAAUCAAAUUGGAAGCGUCACAAAGCGAACUGGGUAAAUCGAAAGCCGAAUUGGAGAAGGCAACGUGCGAAAUGGGCCGAAGCAAUGCUGACUGGGAGGCAACCAAACAACGUAUUGCACGACUUGAAUUGGAAAAUGAACGACUCAAACAUGAUUUGGAACGAUCUCAGUCGGUACAAAAAUUAAUGUUUGAAUCCGGACAAAUAUCGACAACAUUUGGGCGCACAACAUUAACCACUUCCCAAGAGCUGGAUCGAGCACAAGAGAGAGCUGAUAAGGCGGCCGCUGAAUUACGGCGCACGCAAGCUGAACUGCGUGUCACUCAGUCGGAUGCUGAGAGAGCACGCGAAGAAGCCGCCGCAUUGCAAGAGAAACUUGAGAAGAGCCAAGGCGAAGUAUAUAGAUAUAAAGCGAAGUUAGAGAAUGCCCAGGGUGAGCAAGAGAGCUUACGGCAAGAAUUAGAAAAAAUACAGGCUAGUGUAUCACGUAUACACGGAGAUCGUGAUCGGGCUUUCUCGGAAGUUGACAAAAUGAAAGAGGAGAUGGAACGCACACAGGCUACUUUGGGUAAAGCACAACUACAGCAAGAGAAAUUGCAAAACUCUCUCGACAAAGCUCAAAAUGAAGUCGAUCAUCUGCAAGAGAAACUGGACAAAGCAAGCACUGAAAAUCGUCGCCUAGUUCUAGAGAAGGAGAAACUUACUUACGAGUAUGACAAUUUGCAAUCGCAAUUGGAUAAAGCCUUGGGUCAAGCGGCUCGUAUGCAAAAAGAACGUGAAACUCUUACUUUGGAUUCUGAUCGAAUCAGAGAAAAACUGGAAAAAACUCAGAUACAACUGGCUCGUAUUCAAAAAGAACGUGAUCAAUUCUCCGACGAACUGGAAACAUUAAAGGAACGUUCGGAAUCAUCACAAACGCUUCUGCAAAAGGCUGCACGGGAUAGAGAAGCAAUGCAAACCGAUUUGGAAGUACUAAAAGAACGUUACGAGAAAUCCCAUGCCAUUCAGCAGAAGUUACAGAUGGAACGCGACGAUGCUGUUACCGAAGUCGAGAUAUUGAAAGAAAAGCUCGACAAGGCCCUCUACGCUAGUCAGAAACUGAUUGACGAGAAAGAUACUUCGAAUAAAGAAUUUGAGAAAAUGCUUGAGAAAUAUGAUCGCGCUCAAAAUGAAAUUUAUCGUUUGCAGUCUCGCUGCGAUACUGCCGAAGCAGAUCGUGCUCGCCUAGAGGUUGAGGCUGAACGUUCGUCGUUAGCUGCUUCCAAAGCUCGUGAAGAUCUACGUAAGCUUCAAGAGGAAAGCACUCGCUUGCAAGAAGCUUGUGAUAGGGCUGCUCUUCAACUUAGCAGAGCCAAAGAAGGUGAAGAUAACGCUCGAGCCGAACUCGAUCAUCAUCGUGAAAGGUUCGAUAAAAUUCAAACAGAUCUGCGUCGCACUCAAGGCGAAAAAGAACAUCUACAAUCUGAACUUGAGAGAGUCAGCUACGAGCUGGAGAGGGCACACGCUGCACAGAGUAAAGCUAGCGCGAGUGUCGAGGCAGCUAAGGAUGAGAUUGCGCACUAUGCAGUUGAACUUGAAAAGAUGCGAGAACGUUAUGAAAAGAGUCAAAUCGAAUUGCGUAAAUUACAAGACGCCGAUACUUUCGGCCGUGAAACACGUCGCCUUAAAGAAGAGAAUGAACGGUUGCGAGAGAAAUUGGACAAGACCCUUAUGGAGCUCGAGACUAUACGCGGCAAGUCCCAAUAUGAAUCAGAAACGUUCGAGAAAUAUCGGGACAAAUAUGAUAAGAUUGAAAAUGAAAUACAAAAUAUGGAAUCGAAACUUCACGAAACCACGUUACAACUCGAAUUGUCUAAAGGCGAGGUAGCCAAACUGCUGGCGAAUCAGGAAAAGCAGCGAAGCGAACUGGAACGAGCGCAUAUCGAAAGGGAGAAAGCUCGAGACAAGCAUGAAAAACUGUUGAAAGAAGUUGAGCGCCUAAGAAUACAACAAGCAACAACAGUCAGCCCAGCCGAUUCUAUACGUACAUCGUCUGUAAAUAUUGGAGAGAGACAAGAAAUCGACCGUUUACGUGAUCGCCUUGAGAAAGCAUUACAGUCCAGAGAUGCCACCGAAUUGGAAGCUGGACGCUUAGCGAAAGAAUUAGAAAAGGCACAGAUGCACUUGGCCAAACAACAGGAUGCCAACGAAUCUGCACGCAUUGAAUUCGAACGUAUGUCGGCCGAAUUGGGUCGCUUGCAUGAUCGUCUCGAAAAAGCAGAUGCCGAGAAGGAGACCUUAAAACAACAACAAUCUAGUCGAAAUGGUGGAGCAGCUGGUGAUAAGCAGCACAUGCAGAAAUUAGAAUCUGAUUGCAAACAGUUAACCAUUGAAAGAGAGCAGUUGGUAAUGCAGUUGGAGAAGAGUCAAGAAAUACUCAUGAAUUUCCAAAAAGAAUUACAAAAUGCUGAAACUGAAUUGCAAAAGGCUCGGGAAGAAAAUCGAAAACUACGCAACGGACAACCGGUAGCACCGGCCGCACCCGCCGAGAUCCAAGCGAUGCAAAAAGAAAUUCAAGCGCUGCAACAGAAAUUGCAAGAAUCGGAAAAGGCUGUGGCUGCAGCUGGCUCUGCGGCCGCCGGUGGGGCGUCACGAGAAGAACUCGAGCAAUGGCGUAAAAUGAUUGAACAGGAGAAGGCUAAAGCUGACAUGGCCGAUAAGGCGGCACAGGAAAUGCAUAAGCGCAUACAGAUGAUGGAUCAACAUAUUAAGGAUCAACAUGCCCAAAUGCAAAAAAUGCAUGAACAGCUGCAACAACAGCAACAACAACUUCAACAACAACACCAGCAACAACAACAGCAACAGCAAGCAUCUGCCAGCACGCAAGAAAACGCUAAGGAAUUAGAGAAGGUAAAGAAUGAAUUGCAGACAGCGUGCACACAAAGGGAUCAAUUCCAACAACAAUUGGAGUUAUUAGUGCAGGAACUGGAAAAGAGUCAGUUGGGCAAUCAGGAACAAGCCAAACAACUGCAAGCAGCUCAGCAGCAAGUACAACAAAUGCAACAGCAAAUACAAUUAUUACAACAACAGGUCCAACAAUUGCAACAAGCCGGAGGAGCUGGUGCGGCGGCAACCGAUGUACAACGACAGCAAUUGGAACAACAGCAAAAGCAAUUGGAAGAGGUGCGUAAGCAAAUCGAUAAUCAAGCGAAGACAAUCGAAAGCGAACGAAAGAUCAUCGAGGAGCAACGUAAACAAAUUGAAGCCAAACGAAAAGACAUUGAAGAGAAGGAGAAGAUGAUGAGCGAAUUCGAUGUGCAAUUGCGCAAACGAAAAGAACAAAUGGACCAAUUGGAGCAACAAUUACAAGCACAAGGCGGCGGAGCAGCUGCUGCCGGUGAACUCAAUAAAAAACUCAUGGAUACCCAAAGACAAUUGGAAGCUUGCAUUAAAGAAUUGCAAGCAACCAAAGAGGAACACAAAAAGGCAACAGCAGAAACCGAACGCCUACUUAAACUAGUGCAAAUGUCACAGGAAGAGCAAAAUGCCAAAGAAAAAACCAUUAUGGACUUGCAACAAGCUCUAAAAAUAGCUCAAGCAAAAGUCAAGCAAGCACAAACUCAGCAACAGCAAGAUGCUGGACCUGCGGGAUUCUUAAAAAGCUUUUUCUAAAAUGUAUUAUUAUUUAUCUUCUUCGAAAUUCUCUUCCUGCCUCUUAUUUCUCUUAUCCCACAAUUACAAACUACGUCUCUACAGCCCAAUUAUAUAUAAUACAACAUACAUAAAUAAAUUAGUUACUUAUUUGUAAAUGCAUACUACAAAUACACACAUUCACAUCCACGCAUCUAUACAAACAUGCAUACAUACAUAUGUAUUAAAUAACUAUUAAUAUUUUUUAAACUAUAACAAAUAAUAGCCAUAACAAAACGCAAUGCAUCUUCAAUACAGAGCAGCAAUAAUUUUUACAAAACUUAUCAACUUACGGUAGCAUUAAAAUGCAAAUUCUUUCCCAUUCGUCCUUUUUGCCUCUGCUUUCGCUCCAAUCAAUUAAAUUUUUCUCAUUACUGCUAUGAAAACAGUUACAAUUAUCAACGAUUUAAUAAUAUCUGUAUACCCACCACCGGAGCAUAGAUAGAUAUAUAAAAUAUUUUUAAUUCCAUUUGUGUAUAUAAUUGCUCUUGAGAGUUUUUAUUAUCGUUACGACCCAAAAAAAUCGUAUGAAUUUACAAGAUCGGGCGUUGCGAAUCUAUUAUUACUCCUGCAUAUAUGUCGAUAUAUGUUUUACAUGUUUUCUUUUGUCCGGAAUUAUUAUUUACACUUACAUUUCAAGAUUAAUUAUCUUCAAUCAAACAACAGUUACAUUUUUUUUUUUCGUCCGAUUAUACGAUAAUAUUUAUUGUCUCAGUAUGAAAAUAGGAUUUAUAUUUCAGCCUUUUUGUUGUCCGAAAAUAUAGUUUACAUAAAAUUUUUACACCAAUUUACCGAUAAUUAAUUCCUUCUUCUCAGACUAUGAUUUAAAUUCAAUUUUUUAACUAUGUUGUCUAUGUGCGGAAAUAUGAUAUACAUUUUAGCUUUUCUUGUUUUCCGAAAAAAUAGUUUACAUGGGCUAUUUAAUUAAUUGCCCGUAAUCUGUUCUUUUGAACAGGUUCGUGCUUCGAUUUUGUCUUUAACGAAACUUUAUAAUUGGAGUUUCCCUCAUUUUUUCGAUUUUUUACGUUCCCUUCUUACAUUCGCACCUUCACUUGCUUUGACUCCAAAUUUCUUUGACUUGCAAUUCAAUGCAAUUUUGAUUACAAUUCACGAUUUUGUAAGAAGAAGAGGACUUUUCUCUAAUUACUUGUCGAUAACUAGUAUUGAACUAUUGAACUGCAUAGUCUUUGUAUGUUAUAUUUUUGAAUAAAGGCAUCGUUUUCAUACAUUUUUGGUGAUGGCAUCGCUUGCCGCUCAUUGAAUGAAAUUUGAAACUAGGUGGUGGGUAUCCAAAGUUCGCCAUAGCGCGAAUAAAGCAUUCUCAGUUGUUUUUUUUUUUUAUCAUAAUAUAUCGUAUAGUAAAAAAACAAUUUCAAUACAUAUUUCAAUAUAAAUUUCAUGUUUUUAUUUUUAAAUUUAUUGCAAAUUAUCAGUAACAUUUUCUACGAUUCCAAAUGAGUAGAUAGUAUCAUAGUACAAUAUUAUAACAACACUUGUACAGUUAAACACUUACACUAUGAAAAAAAAAAGAAAAGAAAAACAAAAACAAAAAAGUGAUAAAAAAAUC